AUGAUCGACCAUGACUGCUACCCGCACCUCAUGGACCUUAUUGUCCACCAUGCGCCUUCCUCGUCACUUCUUGCGCUCCGCCCGGCAUCUCGUACCUUCAGAGACGUCGUCGACGCUAUCUUUACGAACCACAUUGUGGUGUCGAGAACCAACGGCUGCGUCAAGAUCACUUCCCCGCUAGGUCGAAUCCCGACGUUGAUGCGAUACCACAUCGACCCCGACGUCACACUCACGGCGUACGGGACUCCAUACACCGAGACGCUCGUCACGGCGGCCUUGGGCAAGCUGGGCAACACUCACACCAUCACGUUCGCCACCGUCCUGCCCGAGGACGUCUACACGCAGUUCCAGCACCUCGCGUCGGUCCAGGUGGUACGCUACGUCAGCGCCGCCCGUGCCGCCCGCCCUCCCAUUAUGGGCGCCAAGACCAACGUCUUCUUCUGCGUCCCGCGGCUCGAGCUCGUGCGCGUCUCCAUCCGCCGCGCACUCACCAGGGACAUGGAGAAGCUCGUCCUCAACGUCCCCUUCGACACGAACGGGUGGGUGCGCCAGCCCCCCAUCUCGGCGGGCAUGUAUCCGCCGUACCGGCCCACCGCGGCGCAAGAGGUCGUCAUCAUCCUCACCCGCGAGCGGCACCUGGUCUACAACUCGGACGCGGACGGAUACCUCUGGCCGCUGUGUUACUGGGAGCCAGCCGUCAGUCUGCUUUGUCACUUUCAGAUCCAGAGCAAGUGGCACCGCUACACGGUCGUCGGCGCCGAGGACCUGCCGCUGCGUGUUCCGCCCAACGGGCCCGAGGUGGAGGAGAGCAUGGAGGAACACAUGCGGUCCAAGCUGAGGUGCGAUCCGGCCGUCAGCGACGAGCUGGUCCAUUUCGCCACGAGGGACGAGUAUCGCCUGCGUGUGGGCGACCGCCAGUUUGAGCUCGAGACGGCGUACCCCAUGUAG